UGCCGAGCCCCUCGUUUGGAGUAGGAAGUGUCUGCUGUCGCUUUCUGAUGAGAUCAUAGUCUGUGGACGUGGGACCUGAGUGGCACCUGGCUUUUGAAGGCUGUCAAUAAUGGGAAGAACCUACAUUGUAGAAGAGACUGUUGGCCAGUAUCUGUCAAGCAUCAACCUACAGGGAAAACCUUUUGUCUCUGGUCUUUUGAUAGGACAGUGUUCUUCACAAAAGGAUUAUGUGAUUCUUGCCACUAGAACACCAGCCAAAGAGGAACAAAAUGGCAACCUCAAACAUCCAGGAGCUAAGUUGGAUAAUUUGGAUGAAGAAUGGGUCACAGAACAUGCCAGCCAGGUGUCCAGAAUGCUCCCUGGAGGACUCACGGUUCUCGGAAUAUUUAUUAUCUCAACUUUAGAAGUAGCAGGUGAUUUUCAAAAUGCCCUGCGCAGACUAAUAUUUUCUAUAGAAAAAUCUAUGAGUAGAAAAAGACUAUGGAAUGUCACAGAGGACGAGGUCUCAGAACGCGUGACACUUCACAUUUGUUCUUCUACAAAAAAAAUAUCUUGUCGAACUUAUGAUGUCCAUGAUCCAAAGAGUUCAGCAAGACCUGCAGAUUGGAAGUAUCAGAGUAGAGUGUCUGCCUCAUGGCUGUCUCUAGACUGUACUGUUCACGUUAACAUUCACAUCCCACUGUCGGCUGCUUCUGUCAGUUACACUCUGGAAAAAAACACAAAGAGUGGACUCACGCGCUGGGCCAAGCAAAUAGAAAAUGGUGUUUAUCUGAUUAACGGGCAAGCUAAAGGCAGCGACUGUGACCUGUUGGAAGGACAGAAAAAAAGUAGAGGAAAUACGCAAGCAACUGCUCAUUCUUUUGAUGUCCGAGUGCUAACACAUUUGGUCCUGAAUUCGGACCACAGGUCCACAGCCACAGUCCAAAUCUGCAGUGGUUCUGUAAACCUUCGGGGAAAUGUGAAGUGCAGAGCUUACAUCCAUAGCAACAGGCCCAAGGUUAAAGAUGCUGUGCAGGCAGUGAAGAGAGAUAUUUUGAACACAGUUGCUGAUCGCUGUGAAAUACUUUUUGAGGACCUGCUUUUGAAUGAAAUUCCAGAAAAAAAAAAGUAUGAACUUCCUCAGCGAGUUUUUGUUCCGCUCCCUGGGUCUACUGUAAUGUUAUGUGAUUAUAAAUUUGACGAUGAAUCAGCUGAAGAAAUCAGGGACCACUUUUCAGAGAUGUUAGAUCAUGAGAUUCAAAUAGAAGACUUGGAAAUUGCAGAGGAAGCGAACACAGCUUGUAUGACUUCCUCUGUGACUAGUGAGGCUUCACAGACCAACACAAGUGAUGAACAACCAGAACAACCAAAGAAAACCAUAGGAGGGAAAAUUCAGCAAAACAUAGGUGUGAUCGCCGCACUGGCAGUGGCAGUGCUUGCUGCGGGCAUCUCCUUCCAUUACUUCAGCGAUUAGGGGGAGGCCCAGCGAGCGCCUGAUCAUCCAGACAUCACUGAUGGACAGCUAUGGGAAAUAAAGACGUCCAUGCCCACCUGCACUGAAGCUACCCGCGAGCUCUGCUCGAUAAUGUCUGCUACAUGUAUUUCUGACUUACAUGAAAUCACCAGCUGCCUUGUUUAGCCCUGCUUUUAUUAUCCGGCCUUGGUUUGCAAAAGUAAACUAUGCAUCUAAAUGGAACUGUAUGUAACAAAUCACUAUUAUGUAUUUUUGGAAGGAUCAAAAUGUGAGCUAGUUAAGAGUUUAGUACUAAAGAAAAAGAAAAAAAGAGUUUAGUGCUAUUGAACCGGAUCACACAUUGAUUAGAAUAUUAAAACUUUAAGCAGUCAGUGGUAACCAUGGCUGAUGUAUCAUCAGGAAUUACCUUCAUCCUAAAGGACUUUUCUGAUAUGCACACACUUGCAGUACUUUAUGGGCAGUGUUUAAAUUGGAGGCCAUGGAUCCUGCUUUAAGCAUACCCACAGACCGUGGUUUCUUGGAUGGCAGAUGCCAGCCGCAGCACUGCAGCAUGCUGUUUGCCUCAGACCAGAAAGAAAUGUGAAUCUGAGCUGCUAUCCAAGUUAGGGCAGUUAAUUAAUAUUCAGCGGCUCUCCCAUGUAGUCCCAUGUACAGAAAUAAACUAGAAACUCCUAACUUAGGCCCAAGACUCCCAUAAGUUACAAUCAAGCAAUAUUUUUCCUGAUUCUAUAUCAUGAGGUACAAGAUUCAGUGAGACAGGAAGAAAUAAACUAUAGGAAAAAGAACCAUUGAAGUUAUUUCCCAAGGUUCACCCCAACAAUGCAGAGCCAUAGUGGGAGUGAAAGCCAAGUAGUGCUCCUCGGAAUGAGGAGAGGAAACUCAGAGAAUGGAAGGUGGAGCAUCGGGAAGGCUGGGAGGAGGGAGGAGGGUGAAGGUCUAGGAGAACCAGGAGGGGAGAAUAAGAGAGAGGCAGCACUUAGACAACAGGCUUCUGCACGCUCGUUACCAAACAGACUUAAAAUUGAAGAAACAAAGAAAUAAAAACAUCCACAGGUGAACCACAAGUAUGAAACAAGGUUCCUAAAAAGCGGAAGGGGCUAAACGGAUGCUCGGCAAAGCCAAAUCAGUCAUACGCAGUAGACCCCCGUAGCAACUGUAUAGGGGAAGGUGGUAAAUCUCUCCAUAGUUGUGAGGGGAACUGAAAAUCAGUGCAAAGUGAAACUCAGAAACAAACCUUCAGUACAGAAACUGAGCAAGGAUGGUCCUUGAUAAGAAAAAUUACUCAAGCAAGAUUUGAAAGUGAAGUGUUAAUGAGCAGACAAAACAAUCAAUAUUGUAAAUUAAAGUGUUAUUUGUAUAAAACAAUUAUAAUGACGUAUUUAAAGAAAUUGUAAUAGAAGUUGUAAACAAAUGUAACAAUGAAUAAAUAUUGUUAUACAACAUUAAUGUGGAAUUUUAAAAUAAGGAUAUAACUGGGAAAAAUCUGGGUCAAGAGAUAGGAGGAGGGUGGUUUAAACCAGUCGUUCAAGGAGCUUCUGCUAGGAUCUAGCACGUCAGAUCCUAAGGCUAAGGCUUAAAUGUGGUUAUCCACGUGAAUUACUGUCAAGGCCACCUUCUCAAAGAAUACAUAGGUGGGGAGACAUCCCAGCGAGAAGGAGUUUAGUGUCGCAAUACAAAUAAAGGGGGACAUGACAGGACAACAGAAAGGUAGAUUAACAGUGGCUGCAUACCUCACAGCUGCAAGGCCCUGGGCUGCUUCCUCACCACAAAACAAAGACACCUGAGGCCCUGAAAAUGAAUGGACAAAGUGGAUCAAACAGACUAAAUUCUCCAAAGUCAAAUUUUAGUUGAAUUACAGAAGCUAAGUGGAACUGUUCAGUAUGAUUUUUUUUUUUUUUUGUCAACACCGGCCUCAGCCUUUACCCCUCUUUUAAAGACAAUACCACUAUUCAAAAUCUUAUUCAAACUUUCAAAGCAUAUGUAAUGAGGGAAGAUUCCCUAGGUCAUUGUAUGAGGCUCAUAUAACUUGUCAAAAUCAGGGCUAGCCAGAGAAAACAAAACUACAGGUUAAUAACACUCCUUAAUGCAUGUGAAAGUCAACUCAGCACUAUAUUAAAAAGAUGUUUGCGUUAAAUACCAAGAGCACGAGCAUGUGUAUUAACUUUCUGUUCAUGAUCCUUUAAAAAAACUGAUAAAAAAAAGAUACCAACCCCCCCCCCCCCCCGAAAAACCCAAGGCAUUUAAAAAAUGGUGAUUAGACAUAUGAAAAUAUUUACCUGCAUAAGACAUUGAUUAAGGCCAUAACUAAUACUAUUUUACCUUCACUUGGUUGAAAAGCUAAGUAAGCCAUGGCUAUGCUAAUAAAAAACUGUGUGAUAAAACACACUUCACACUGUCACACUGUAGGCGCUCAGAAAGCCACCUGGCCUUGUAGAGUUAAAUAACUAUAUUCUCCACAUGCAUAUUCCUUAGGUAAAUUCUUGCAAAGAUAUAACUAUAAGAGAACGCAAUGUUUAUGGCUAUAAUCUAAAUAUUUAUUAAUUAAAAAUAAGUACAUUUUAGGGGAUGUAAUUGUAUUUAACAGACAUACAUGCGAACACAGAAUUUAACUCAGGCUUCGUGGUUCAAACCUGUAAUUUCAGCUCCAGCGGUUGAAGCAGGAAGGAAGAUUGCAAGUUCAACGACAGUAUACACUACAUAGUGAGACUCUCUCAAAUAAAUAAAACUUAUUUAGAAAUGAUUAAGUAAAUGCCAUCUCUACCCAUGGUAUAUAGUACCGCUUGUAAAGUUAAGCAAGUUUUAAGCUAUAUUACAGUUUUCCAUGGUGAAUUUUUUCUUUUUUCUUUUUUUUUUUUUUUUUUUUUUGUGGGUCCAAGCUUAGGUUCUGCUGAGAUGGCUUUCUGGGCUUCCUGUUCCCUCUCCCUCUCCCUCUGUCCCUCCCUCCCUCUCUGUCCCUUCCUCCUUCCCUCCCUCCCUCUCUCUCCCUCCCUUCCUCUACCCCUCUCCCUCUUUCUGUUCUGCUCUGCUUUAGACAGCUUUUUCUUGCUAUUCUAAAAACUUUCUUAUUGAAACAGCUUUCUGCUGGUUAAUCUAAAAGCUGUCUGGAUAGCUCAGGAGUUUCUGACCAAAGUCAGAAAAACAGCUACAAAAAAAUUAUUGCAUCUUCUGACCAAGUCAGAAAUACUAUUAAGGAAAAAAUCCUUGAGUUGUUUUCACUCUCCAGAGAUCUCUAGAGAGAUCUCAGCUCUCACUAGAAAUAUCUCAUCUCAUGCAGACCAAAAGCCCAGCUUUUUAUUUACUUAUUUAUCCCAUGUUCUCUUUUGAUUAUCUUAAGAAUCGGUAUCUGGUGAUCAAAGCCUUUAAUUCUUAGACAUCAGUAAGCACAUUUAGUUUUUUUUUUUGUUUUUGUCUUUUAAUAUUGCAAAAUAAUUCAGAGAUCUGCCUGCCUCUUAAGCAUAGACGAUAAGCUAACUGGGUGGGAUCCCGUCCUGAAAUUACUAUUUCUAGCAUACCUGGGUCUGGACUCGCUGUGCCCCAGGCUGACCUGAAACUCAGGAAUCCAUCUGCCACUGUAUCUUUCUGACCAGCUGGUUCACAGUAUAGCUACCUCUGUUCCUUUAGAUUUGUGAAGCCCCUCUUUUUUUAAUUUAGUGAAAUUCUUUUUAUGGUACAAAAGUUAAGGAUGAUGGCCAAAGAGAGAAGCAAUGUGUAACAAAUCCAUUGAAAACAGUAUUUCUAAGUAACAGGCACACAGGUUUUUAUUUAUAUUCUGGCAAUAUAACUUUCCUAUUGCCAAUCACCUGGUUGACAGUUGAUGGUAGCUCUCAACUGGGAACCCAGCUGUCACAUCUCAGUCCUGUGUAAGGCCUGCAUCUGGCUUGGAGUUCCAUCCUAAUGGCUAUGUUUCUUCAUUUUUAUGAUGCUUACUUAGGUCAAAGAAGUAACACCAACAUGAACAUUCUAACAAGAGAACAACCGAGACAGACUCCUCUUUAACCCUGGCUUGGAAGUUCCUGAGCAUGAUAUUAACUACAUGUAUCGGUCAACUUAAUUUCCAGGAGAAGCCUAAAUCAAAAGACAAGAGGGCCGGGCGGUGGUGGCGCACCCCUGUAAUCACAGCACUCUGGGAGGUAGAGGCAGGCGAAUUUCUGAGUUCUAGGCCAGCCUGGUCUACAAGAGUGAGUUCCAGGACAGCUGGGGCUAUACAGAGAAACCCUGUCUUAAAAAAAAAAACAAAUCCAAAAAAAACCCAAACCAAACCAAACAAAACAAACCCCCCCCCAAAAAAACCCCAAAAAACAAAAGACAAGGGGAGGAAAGUCUUUAUUCAGAAGGGGAAUAUGACAUAUGCACUGAUCACAGCUUGACUUUUAAUCUGUUGCUUGCCUUCCUCUGUUGUGCUAAUCUGUGGACCCAUAAAAUGUCUCUUCCCUUUGCAUGAGCCCUAAGGUGUUCUAGCCAUCUGUAAUUCACUAUGUUCUUACCAACACCUGGGGAUUAACACAGGCUCUAUGGCAGACUCAUAAGCUUGGUUGAUUCUUACCUUUGGGGUUUGUCUAAAUAUAGGUUAGGGGUUUGUAUAUCUAAAUAUAGUACAACAAAUAACUAGGAAAUUGUUCUUCAUUUCUGAUUUUAGCCUGAUGAGCAAAUAUAUUGGAAAAAAGUAAUACUGUAGUAAAGGUAUAUUAAUGUUAAUAGGUUUUGAUUUAUUUGUCACUAAGGACAAACAAUAAAAGUGACUGGGAUCUGUUUCUGCUUCAUCAUUUUGAAAACAUAUUUGCAUUCAUUGUCUCAUUAAUUUAUACAAAAUAUUUGUGCUGUAAGUGGGACAAAGGCUUGUUGACAGGACUCUAAUAUGAUGAAGGAUUGUUGUUUAGGAAGAGUAAAUAUUUGAGUAAUGUGCUGGCUAGUUUUUAUGCCAAUUUUAGAAAAGCUAGUGUUAUCUAUGUCAACUUGAUGAACCUCCCUUCAAAACUCCAUGAGAUUGACCUGUAGGCAAACUUAUGAGCCAUUUUCUUGUCCACCGUCAGCAGUGCCGUCACAGGGCAGGUGGUGCUGGGGUGUGUCAGAAAGCAUCCUGAGUGAGCAAGUAUGGCCUCAGCAUCCGUCUCUGUCUUGAGUCUCUGUCCUAACUCUCCUUGAUCAUGUACUGUAAACUAGAAGAUGAAAUAAACCAUUUGCCCUCCAAGUU